CAGCCUUGCUUGCGCCCAAAGCACGUCGAGGGUGACAAUAAAAAACAGCGCGACGGAUCAGUGAUUUUGUACAGAGAUACGAUCGCUGUAGGUCUGCUGCACUAAUAGAAGUUUGAGGUACUGGAGUGAUGGAAACAGCUUUAUCUUGAGUGACGUCAGGUGGAAAAAGUAAAAGUUUCAACUUUAUGACCUGGUUCCUCAAUCUGUGUCGUGUGCUCUCAGGGAAUGGAUGUAUUCUUGGAACAUUUCCUCAAUUCUGAAUAAUUUAUUUUCUGUCAGCUGAGAAAUUGAAUCCUGAGAUUUUGUUCUGUUUUGCGGAUUUAAUUUGUCCUAGUUCAAGAACAUGAUGUUUUCUCUGGUGUGAAAGAAGGAACACAGGAUUUAGUUUCCACAUCAUCUGUAGCCAUCCCUGUACUGUACGUGAGGCCUCGUCUAGAGUUGCAUCAUGGAGGAGAAGGAGGUCAACAGCGACGUGGAGUCACAGGGUUCCGACUCUGUGGAGGAGAUCAUCACAAUGAGGCCGAUCCCGACGCCACGCCUCGUCACGCUGCAGCACCCCAUCGGUGGAUGGUCCGAGCGGAGUAACGAAGUAGACAGCGGUUUGCCGAGUUCCUCGAGAGAUCGGGAACAUACCGUGCACAGACAGUCUUCAACCUCAGUGUUCCCCGCUAUAAUUCCUCUGAACGUUGGCGGACAGCUGUACAUGACUCGUCUAUCGACUCUCCUCAAAUUCUCAGACUCGAUGUUGGCGGCUAUGUUCAGCGGCCGUCAUCAAAUAGAUAAAGACAAAGAUGGGAACUUCUUCCUUGACAGUAACGGUACCGUGUUUGCACACAUUCUGGAGUACCUCCGGUACGGCUCUAUACCGCCAAACGAUGUGGCCUACCUCGUAUUCAAAGACGCCAACUACUACGGCCUUUUCGAGCUGGUGGAGAAGCUUCAGCUAAAGCCCGAGAUUGCCUCGUUGGCGGUGAAAGAGUCGCAGCGGGCGCAGUUUCCGAACUACGCUCAAGUCAAGGAGGAAGUUAUCAAAGCGGCCAUGGCGCGGGCUGCGGUCGCUCGGGUUGGCGACGUCUUCAUCUAUGCAUUCCGGAAAGAGUUCAAGCCUCGGACUCCGACCUUCAAUCCGAAGCACGGCUGCAUCGUGGAGAAUGCCCAAGUGACGGUGGGUCCCUGGGAGGCGGCGGCGGAUGAGGACACGUUCAUCCGAUGCCUGGAGAACGACCUGCAGGAGGAAGGGUUCACCCUCCGUCCCCACGAAGGAAAGAAGAAGUGUAAGUACUACUUUGGACAAACGUGCCCGAAGAGCAUUUUCAAGCUUACCAUUUUGUUUGAUUGAAUCUGACCUUAUUUGUUGGUUUAUUGUACAUCUUGAAGAUGAGAGCGUGUUAGAAGUAUGUGUGGGUGUGUGGUCAUUUAGAUGUAUACAUAUAUGUUGUGUGCAUGUUUACAUUUCGCUUUUGGUAUUAUGUCCAGUCUUCAUAUUUUCCUGUAUAACAUUUAAAUACAUACUUAUCAUAUAUAUGAAAAUGGGAAGUCUAGACUUGACAGUAAGAAUAUAAUGCAUGCAUGUUAUAUGUAAAUACUUGUGUCUAUAUACCAUACUCAGUAGCCUUUGGUUAUUUUGGACUCUGUGAUAAAAUUUUAAAAUUUAUUAUAUUUUUUGUAUCCUUUAAACCAUGUUUGAAAAAAAGGUAGGAAUUUAUAAAACGAUUUUAAUACAAUCAAGCCUGCCUUAAAAAGACCACUGUUCUGUGGCAUCCUUGCAUUAUUUUUUUCUACAUUUUUUUAGUCAGUCCAUAGUGGUCCCUCUCCUUCACGGCCAGGGUUAGUCAUAAAUUUAACUUAAUUUAAGUGACAAAUCAGCCUCAAAACGAGUCAAAACCUGCUCUCAGGGAUCACUCGCAACAACACAAUUUUUUCGUAAACCCGUCCUCAGACUGUGUGAGGGUGUUUGUGUGUGUGUGUGUGUGUGUGUGUGUGUUUAUGUUCAAUCAAUGCGGAAAAGCUCUCAUGAUAAGUAACAAUGUUGAUGGCAAUGAAAUGGAAAGGAAAAGUUAAGAUAUAUAGUGUAAAGCGCAUAGAGCCUGCUGUUGAGCGGGGAUAUGCGCUAUACAAAUGCUAUUUAUUAUUAUUAUUAUUAUUAUAUCAGAUUUUAAACCAUCAGUUGACUUUGUUUAGUUUCGUAAUUGACCUCAAUUCAGAUCGUAUCCUUAGUGGUCACCUGUAUUAUAUAUAUAUGUGUGUGUGGGUGUGUAGCGAUCACUUUUGUUUGUGACCUGUAGUGACUGUUAUGGAUGGAUUUGACCGCUGCUGAAUUUUUUCUGCCUAUUUUGUCUGGACAUCACAUAAUUUGAAUUCACUGAUUGAUAUAUAUAUAAGACAUGUGCAUGUAGUGUGCAGUCCGAUUAAAUUCACAUGAGGUGUUAAUUUUAUGUCAAACACAAUCACAAGGCACUGAGGUUGUAGAUAAGGCAAAUGAAUUUUUUUAUGUGUCAUUUGUUUUUUGCUGUGUGUUAUUCUUCACCUCUUUUGCUGUCCACCUCUCCCUGUCUCUUCCGUCGUCAGUUAAGUCCUCUCUUUAUCGUUCACCUUGCUGAAUCUUGCUGUACUGUAGAUAUAUCUUUGUGGGUGGUUGAUGGGUGCUCUGGUAUGGUUUGCUCCUUCUUUCCUAUCUAACGCCUGUCAUCCU